UUGAUUCAAAUCUCUAAUUUUAAUUUCAAUUUUACGAACAAUUUAAAUUAGGGUUUGAUAUAUACGAAAGUAAAUAAAUAAAUAAUAAAUACCAUUAAUACAUUCCAAAACCCUAACUAUUCGAAUUCAAAUUCGUUACAUAUAUUCCGGAUUUUCCGUUGUUUGUAUUUUUUUUUUUAAUUCAAUUAUAAUCCGAUACUAAGUCUAAUUUGCUAAUCUAUACAUACAAUAAAUCUGUAUCUAUAUAUAUACAUAUAUAAUGGGAAAAGAAGGAGAAAAUAAUAAUAAAUUGGCAGAAGAAGGUGAGAUAUCGGAUUCUGGAUCUAUAGAAGAGAUAACUGAAGAGGUUUUUGUAUCAGCUAAUAAUAAUAAUAAUAGUAAUAAUAAAUCUCAAUCAGCGAAUAAACCGGAGAGUAAACCGAACAAAAACGUUGACCGGUCAAAGCCACGGCAACAACAAGUGUGGACAAUGGAGGAUCUGGUCAAGUAUCAAAACAAGUAUCAGAUGUCUAGAAAUUAUGCGCCCGGAUUGUAUAAUUUUGCUUGGGCACAAGCUGUGCAGAAUAAACCACUUGAUGAUUAUUUGACUAAUAUGAAUAAUAAUAAUGCUAAUAAGGAAGUUAAUGUUGUUGUUGAUGAUGAUGAUGAUGAUAAUGAUAAGAUUGUUGUGAUGGAUUUAAGUGGUGAUGGUAGUGAGAAAGAAGAAGGGGAAAUUGAAGAAGGUGAGAUUGAUUUAGAUAUCGAUACCGAUGUUGAUAUGAAUAAUAAGAGUAAACAAGAAGAGGAGGGUAGUAAUGAUGUUGAAAAGUUGAUUGAUGUUAUCCGAAUCGGGUUGCAGGGUAUAACUUUGAAUGAUGCUAAUAAAUCGUUUGAUGGCGUGUGUACAAGGCUUGAGGAGUUGAUUGAAAGCUUGAAAACGUUGCUUUCGGAGAAUUCUGUGUCUAAUAAAGAUGAUUUGGUUCAGUUGGCCUAUUGUGCUGUUCAGCUUGUAUAUUCGGUUUUUUCAUCCAUGGGCCAGAACGAAAAGGAGCAGAGCAGGGAUGUGAUAUCCAGGUUUCUGACUAAGGUGAAAAGCUGUGCGCCUGCUAUAUUCUCCACUGAACAUUUGAAAGAGGUAGAGAUUAUGUUUCAGUCAUGUAAUUUGAAUUUUGUUUCUUCGAGUUCCAAGGACAAUGAAGAGGAUCGGGAUGUUAUUGUGACACAGGAACCGACCUCUUUGAGUCAGGAAGUGAUUUCUUCAACUGAGAAACCUGUUUUAGAUUCCACGCCCUUUGAAACUUUUGAUCAAAACCCUAAAAAGUUUGAAGCUUUGAAAGUACAAACAUCUAAUCCCAAAAAUAGGGCAGUGCUUCCUCUGCUUGAUCUUCAUAAAGAUCAUGACAUGGAUAGUCUUCCAUCACCAACACGGGAAACCUCAAAUGUUUUACCUUUAGGCAGGGGACUGUUUGGCGAGGAUGCAUCAAUAAGACCAGAGUGGCCUACUCCUCGUGCAGUAGUGCGUCGCUAUGAUACUGAUGCUCUUAAAGCGGUCUCUACCUAUCAACAAAAAUUCGGGGGACAUUCAUUCUUUUCGAGUGAUCUCCCAAGUCCAACCCCGUCAGAAGGAAGUGAUGGUGAUGUAGGUGGGGACUGUGGUGGGGAGGUUUCUAGUUUCUCAACAGCCCAGAAUUUGAGCUGUGUAACUGAGGCUACUUCUGAUAAAACAAAUAGUUUUAGCAUUUCUGAUGUUGAAAGCCCCAAUGUACAGUUUUUUGCAACUGCUGUGAGUUCUGUUCCCAUGAACUCCACAUCCACUUCAGAAAAAAGAGAUUUUUUUGGCAAUACAGAUCCUGAAAGGCCUAACGUGCAAAUAUAUGCAACUGCUAGGAGUUCUGCUCCUGUGUCCUCAUCGUCUGCUUCAGAAAAAAGAAACCCCUCUGGCAAUGAGAGACCCAAUUUGCAAUUAUUUGCAAAUCCCAGGAGUGCUGCUCCGGUGUACUCCACAUCUAGCUCUGUGACGAGGGUAUCAAACAAAACAAGGGACCCUAGACUCCGAUUAGCCAAAUCUGAUAACUCCCUAGAUACCAACCAUGGCAACUUACAAACAUCUAGUAAACAACCUGCAAUCGAACCACUUGAUAGGUCAUCAGGUGUAAGGAAACAGAAGACUUUUGAUGAGCCCGUUCUUGUAGAUGGUCCUGCACCAAAAAGGCUAAAAAACAAUCUCGCAGAAUCUGUUGGUCCUAGCAACGUUGGGACUAUCUCACAAACUAGAGGCUUAGAAAGUGCAGUAACAACCUCUGGUUUGCCCACCACUACUAGUGUGAGUAUGCAUAUCCCCGCAACAGCUGUCAAUGCCACUUCAGCUUCCUUACAAUCUUUUCUGAAGGAUCUUGUAGUGAAUCCUGCACAAUUGAUGAAUUUGAUUAGCAUGGAACAACAUAAGUCGGUUGAUCCUGUAAAGUAUGUGACACAAUCUCCAAACCAAACAUCUGUGUUGGGUUCUAUGCCAAUGACUUCAUCUGCGUCUCAACCAUUGGUGGUCGGGCAGAGAUCAACAGCUGAGAUUCCAAUACCUCAGACAGCUUCAGCGGAUGAUUUUGGAAAAGUACGAAUGAAACCUCGUGAUCCUCGUCGUGCUUUGCACAGUAAGUCGUUGCAAAAGCCAGAACCAAUCAACAGUUCGUUUACUGCUGAGGGUACCAAGGGUAACUUAAAGAAAGCAGAUCCAAGAGUAUUAUCCCAACCUAUCUCAGCACCAGAUAUCACUCAACAGUUCACCAAGAAUUUGAAAAAUAUUGCUGAUCUUGUGUCUACAACAGUGAGUACAUCUGUCCAGCCUUCAUCACAACCAGCACAAGUCCAUUCAAGUUUUGUAAAUAUGAAAGCUCCACCAUCACAGUCAGCCGCCUUUCAGAAUGAGGCCGGAGAAACAUCUGAACAAGCUGCUUCAGGCACCACUCAAUCACAGAACAAUUGGGAAAAUGUUGAACAAUAUUUUGGAAAGUUUGAUGACCAACAACGGGCUGCUAUUCAAAGGGAGAGGUCAAAAAGAAUGGAAGAGCAGAAAAAAAUGUUUGCUGACCGCAAGCUAUGCCUUGUUUUAGAUCUUGAUCACACCCUUCUUAAUUCAGCUAAGUAUUCUGAAAUUGAACCGGGACAUAUUGAGAUGUUGAAAAAGAAAGAAGAACAAGACCGUGAUAAGCCAUAUAGACAUCUCUUUAAGUUUCCUCACAUGUGUAUGUGGACAAAACUGCGACCUGGGAUCUGGAACUUUUUAGAAAAGGCCAGUAAGCUCUUUGAGCUGCAUCUUUACACAAUGGGAAACAAAUUAUACGCUACAGAGAUGGCAAAAGUGCUUGAUCCUAAAGGAGUUCUUUUCAAUGGGAGAGUUAUAUCAAGAGGUGAUGAUGGCGAUAAUGUUGAUGGAGAUCCCAAGAGCAAGGACUUGGAAGGUGUUUUGGGUAUGGAGUCGUCAGUGGUAAUCAUAGACGAUUCUAUAAGAGUCUGGCCUCAUAACAAGCUUAACUUGAUAGUUGUAGAGAGAUACAUAUAUUUUCCAUGUAGUAGGCGACAGUUUGGACUUCCGGGCCCUUCACUUCUUGAAAUUGAUCAUGAUGAGAGGCCAGAAGACGGGACUUUGGCAUCUUCUUUGGCGGUUAUUGAGAAAAUACAUCGAAACUUUUUCUCGGAGAAAUCUUUGGAUGACGCCGAUGUUAGGAACAUACUAGCCUCUGAGCAGAGGAAGAUUUUAGGCGGCUGCCGAAUUGUAUUCAGCAGGGUGUUUCCUGUUGGUGAUGCCAGUCCUCACUUGCAUCCAUUGUGGCAGACUGCUGAACAGUUUGGUGCUGUAUGUACUAAUCAAAUAGAUGAACAAGUCACCCAUGUGGUUGCCAAUUCUCUUGGCACUGAUAAGGUCAAUUGGGCCCUUGCUACUGGUAGACCUGUGGUGCAUCCUGGCUGGGUGGAAGCAUCGGCAUUACUUUACCGGAGAGCUAACGAGCAUGAUUUUGCUGUCAAACCUUGAAAAUCUUGGUUAAAUUUUGGGGAGUGAUAUUGGCUCUAAACAAUCGCUUAGAAUUAGUUCAAGUAACCCACCACCUCCACCUCCACCGCCCAACCAUGAUGUGAGGGCUAUACCCACACUGCUGACAAAUACACACAUCACAACUUAAACAUUUCAAGUUAAAAAAUGUUGGUCUAGAUUUUCAGAAUUGGAAAAAAGGUGGAGACCGGAGAGACAACUAGUUGGGGAGAAGGGUAUGGAUUGUGGAUUAAGUUGGCUGUGUGGUGACUCGUGAUGGUGGCGAGCCUGACGUGCCCAAACUGCAAGUGUUUUGGGAAUCCGGCAUUCGAUUUUUUAAACUACUAAAAUUGAAAGGCACAAAUAAGAUUUGUGGUUCAAAUUGUCAAAUUCAAGGAAAAUAUUGCUCAUGGAAAAUGGAUUAUGGUUUUGGUUAAACGAUAAAAAGAAUCAAUUCCAAGAAACCAUAGACCAUAGGCUUAUUUUCAAGAAUCAUUUAGAAGACUGGUUUUCUUAAAGUUCAUUUUGCAUUAACAAAGAUGGGUUUGCUUUACUCAACUUAUGUUCGAAUAAAAUAUAUUCUUCCAUCAAUGACAAAAUCCAUCUGCCUCUACAAACGCCCUCAGUAUGAAAAUAAAAAGUAACCAUGCUUGCUUUUGAAUAAAAAUGAGUCAGAGAGAGAUAGGAGGGCAAGUAGGUCCUUGAUAGAUAUGGAAGGAUUGAGAUUAUAUUUGGUACAAAAUAAUUGAAAAUGUAUAACAUGGAGCUAUGGAAGUAUGCAGUAAUAUUCGUUUGGCAGUUGGCACCUAAACAAGGGUGAUUUCGAGCAGAGGCUAUUUGUCAUAUUGUAUACACAUUUGGCAUACUGACGCCUGCAAAUUAACUACAGGGCAAAUAGGUUCCGGCUGAUUUGUUUCAAAUUUUAACUUGGUCGAUCUUGAUUAUGCUUAUAUGAUAAAACGUUCCUUAGCGUGGUAUUUUUUAAUCAGUGAUUAAGAUUUGGUGAAUAACUCGCCUCGUCCAGAAUCCAUGAAAGAAGAAAUCAGUAGCUCUCCUUAGGACCCAAUCCGAUAGAUUUUAUGUUUUUGAGGCUCCCUUUGACGAUCCAAAAACUCAUGGACUAAUAUUGUGGUGGCUAAGAUUGUAGUACGUUCGAUCUCAAGGAACCUCAAUACCAAUAAUAGGAACUCGACAUGGGUUAUCUUGAAAGAGUUAUUAAAACCAUUUUUUAUGUCAUCUUUCUCUUGCUUUUUACUUCUAUCAAAAA